GUAGUGGCAUCAAACCCGCCACAUGCUGCUCCAACCGCUGAUGGACUUUUAUCUUUGAACCAAGUCGAUGCCUGGAAUGACGACAAAGAAGCUCAGUUGCUGCCAUCUCCUACCGCUUCGCACAGCAGUGAUUCUACAGCAGGUGGUGCUCAGACAGUUCCUCCUUUCUCCGCAUCUGUUGGAGGUACUGGAACGACAGGCCGACAGAAGCUCUCAUUGUUUUUGCCUAAACGAAAGAAAACGAUGUCACAGAGCAGCGGCAAUGAAGAACAUGAGAAUACAGGAGGUAUGUUAUUUGUGGAUUUUUUGGAUUAAGAUUAUAUUUUUUGCCAUUUUCUCUUCGGGACUCUAGUG